AUGUGGGCCUUCUUGACUGAAGAAAAAGGAGCUCUGGCUAGAGCGGGUUGUAGGAAGGGCAAUUCGACCUUCUAUAUUCCCGCGGAUGGUCCCGAUUCGCAGACGAUAAAACCGAGCGGUGCCUCUGCAGAAAGACAUUCCUUCCUCCAGUAUGCUCUGUUGCAUUUUCGUGACGACCACCCUCCAAACUGUGAGCCCACCACAAGUGCAAAGACCUUAGGAGCAAAUUCUAUGCGUGGUACCAUAAAAAUCUUGGACUAUUUAACAGGAGGAAGGCGCAAGUCAAGAACAGGACUGCAAGAUUGGACUUGGAAAGAGCUCACAGACAAAGUGAAAUAUUCUCCGUUUCCAAUAGUUACAUCCCUUUUGAAAUUUGAUUCUGACUACUUGAAUCGAUUAGCUGUUGACAGUUUUACAGCAAUUAUGAGAUUCAUGGGGGAUUUACCUCUGGGACUUCAUCAGAAAGAAGUGGAAUGUGUCUACACUAUAUUAGUCAUUUGUCAUCAUCAUCCACAACUAAGGGAUGAGUUAUACUGCCAAAUUAUGAAGCAAACAACAAACAACAAAAGUUUAAAUUUAGAAAGUGGGAUUCGAGGAUGGCGUCUUUUGGCAUUUUUGGCUGCAUUUUUCAAGUGCUCUACAAGUUUAAUGCCUUAUCUCAUGAAAUAUUUAGAAACAGCAGCUCAAGACCUUAGACGAAUAGAACAUGCUACAGCUGAUGUCUGCAUGAAAAAUUUAAAACAGACAACAACCUAUGGAGGAAGGAGAAAUGUUCCAACUGAAACUGAAGUAAAUGCCAUAAUCGAAGGUAAAUUUAAUCGAAUGCAAGAUUAUUUCUUACCUGGUGGAGUCCAACUAAAUAUUCCAACUUCUUCUUCAACUGUUGUGGAAGACAUCAUUCUGACCGUUGGACGCAAGAUGGGGAUCAAAAAUGAAACAGAGUUCCUAGAAUUUUCAUUAUACUGCAUUGUUGAAGGAGAUCAAUAUACCAUGCCCUUGGAAAGAGAUGAAUACAUAUUAGACUUAGUAGCAGAAUUAGAAAGAAAUGGAAGCACUUACUAUCUGGUAUUUUGUAGAUCAGUGUGGUGCUUUCCUUCAAGACUAGACUCUGAGCUUUACAUCGAGAUCAUCUUUCACCAAAUUAUUCCUGACUAUUUGGAAGGAUAUUUGCUGAUAAAACCUUCCAACUGCUCAACCUUCUCACCAGGCACUUGGGAUAUGUUACUCAAAAUAGCUACAUUAAUGCAUAAAGCUAAAGGAAUGAAUAGUUUGCCCAACAAAUCAGAUAUGAUGUAUUUGUUGCCAAAACCAGCAAUGAAUUUCUACACAGAAAUCACAAAAAAUUGGGCUGAAACUCUUCUUAACGAAUGGCAACAUACAGUUCCUUUAAAUGCAAUGGAAGCAAAAGCACAAUGUAUAGAAAUACUUCAAAAAUGGUCGCUUUUUGGAUCAUGUUUCUUUGGUGCAAAGAUGUUAGAUGUCAAUAGUGAUCUUGAAGAAGAAUUUAUAAUUGCUGUGAACAAAACAGGCAUAAAUGUGCUGCACAUUCAAACACAUGAAACUUUAUGGAGAUUCAAUUUUGCUGCAGCAAAUGCUCCCGAUAAUGUUGUGAGUAUAAACGGGACCAAAUAUGCUGAUGUUGUUUUUGGCGACACCAAUGUCAAAAAAACUCUACGACUUCAAGUUGAUCAUGCUCAUGAGGUACUGCGCCUUAUCACUCAAUAUGAACUUAUUCAGAAGGAACAAAAAGAAAAGGAAGACGUUCAGCUCAGUUACCCAAGGGUGAUGAUCAAAGUUUGAAGUCAUACACAGUCGAUUCUCAUUAUUUCAA